UGUGUGUGUGUUUUACAUAAAACAAAUGCUCGUAACGUCUGAAAGGUUGGUCAUCUCACGUUGAUUGAAACCCAAUUAGAAAGACGACCAAGACAGAAAGAAAAAGAACAGAUAAGGCCUGCCCAAAAAGACCGAGAAGUGCAAUUGAUUGGCUGUUUGACUCGAUUCGACCUAGACCCAGCUGUUGAGAAGACGAAAACGACAUAGAAAAACAAAAGGAACACGGCCAUUUUCGAAGGUGAAGUCAUGAGAAAGCCGACUUAGUGAACGCGCAUUGUUAAUUGAUUAACAAGCGCCAUCCUUCCCGCAGUGUGUUGAAUAACUCUCGACUUUUCGCGGCCGUUCGUGUGAUUUGUUGUUCAUCGCGCCUUCAAAUCAUUUGUCGUCUACAUCUACUAGUCCUGUUUUUGUUUGUUUUUUUCAAUUCCUCCCUCACAUUUGUUCGUGCACGUUCCAUCAUCGGUUCUUCGAUCUUUUGGGGCGAGGUCGAUUCGACCUGACGGAACAUCCAGCUGAGAUGAUCAUUUCCAAGGACCUGUUCAUCUUUGGAGAACAAGAUUACUUGAAGCUUCUCCGAGACAGCAGAAAACGAGAUAUGGGACGUCCCGCUACUAGACCUGAUGGGCCAACUGGCAAGACUCGUCCUAUGGACCUCCACUUUACCGGCCUGUCUGUCUCCGUGGGCAAGCGGGCAUUGCUCAACGAAGUGUCAGGUGUCGUCCAACCUGGUGAAAUUUUGGCCGUCAUGGGUCCAUCAGGUUCCGGUAAAACGACUCUGCUAAAUGCCAUCUCUGGCCGUUUACCGCUUGAGAGUGGAACUAUCCACCUCAACGGAGAGUUGCUCAACAAGAAGCUGAGGCGCAAGAUAUGUUAUGUGCUCCAGCACGACGUCUUCUUCCCAGACUUGACGCUCAAGCAGACACUCGUUUACACGGCUCUACUGCGCUUGCCAGAAUCCAUGUCCUACAAUGACAAGAUGCAGCACGUCAAUCACAUCAUUGAGAUCCUGGAUCUCCAGCGAUGCCAAGACACGAUCAUUGGGGACGGAUUAAGGAGAGGUCUGUCUGGCGGCGAAAAGAAACGUGCCAACAUUGCCUGUGAGUUGCUGACAAAUCCAGCGCUUCUUCUCCUCGACGAACCUACGUCAGGGUUGGACUCUAGCACGGCGCACAGCUUGAUGACGACGCUGAAAAAUUACGCUCGGCAAGAAAACAAAACGGUUGUUUUGACCGUUCACCAGCCGUCGUCGCAAAUCUUCUACAUGUUUGAUCGACUCUUACUUCUUUGCAAUGGUCAGACGGCCUAUUUCGGUGAUACGAAAAAGGUCGUGGACUUUUUCAAACACAUCGGCCUUCCCAUCGAGCCACACUACAAUCCAGCCGAUUUUAUCCUGGAGCAAGUCAAAGGAACGGCCGAAACUCAGGGACGUAUCAUUACGGCGUACCGAGAAACGCGGAGCGAUCCCGAUCUUGCCGAGCAAUUGCUGAUGGCCGUUGGAGUUGGAGGAACGACGAGCACGAGUACUAUUUACGAGAACUACCUGGACGGCCUACACGUCUCUAAUCUCGACCCUGCGCAACCUCCUAGUCCCACAGCGGAUUACACCUGUCAAGGAAAUGAAUGGCAUUUAACUUCGCCUUCAUCGCCGACGCGUUCGGUAGAACUCCGUUUGACCAUCGAAAAGGGCGUCCCUUGCGUCUAUAAUAAAAUUACUAAAGAAGAGGAAGACAGUGGACGUUCAUCGUGGUCAGAUAAUCAAAGUCAUGCGUCUCAUAGCACUCAGGCUAGUAGCGGGUGCCACAGCUCGCCGGCCGAGUUUCACUGGGACGAGUCAACUAAAUGGCCCACAUCUUUCUGGACGCAAUUCAAGGUCUUGUCGCGACGUAAUUUCACCGUGACCCGCCCUCGAAUGUUGUCAAGACUCAACUGGAUUCAAACGCUCGGUCUAGGCCUCAUGUCCGGCCUCUUGUGGUUCCGGGUCGAUAGGAAAGAAGAGACCCUGACCAACAUUCAAGGAUGGAUGUUUUUUUCUACUACAUACUGGAUGCUUUUCGCCCUAUUUGGAGCCUUGUCUUCAUUCCCGUCUGAGCAAGAAGUCAUUAAAAAAGAACGCCAAUCUGGUGCCUACCGUCUGUCAGCGUACUACAUGGCCAAAAUGGUCGGCGAGUUGCCUCUCAUCAUAACAUUGCCGGCUGUCUAUCACAUCAUAUCUUAUCCGAUGCUGGCGCAGCAUUUUUUCAAUCCCGGCACUUUCGUCAUUCAGCUGGGUUUCCUAUUACUCAACACAGUUGUAGCUCAAAGUGCUGGCUUGUUUAUCGGAGCCGCUUGCAUGGACCUGGAAGUAUCUAUUACCAUCAGUGCACUUUAUACCCUAGCCAGUCAAUUGUUUGGCGGGUUCUUAUCUACGUCCAUUCCGGCAUGGAUGGAAUGGAUGCGUUACUUUUCCCUCGUCCACUACGCUUUCCAGAACAUGCAGAUAGUUGAAUUCAAUCCGAAUUCGCCAGUGAGGUGCGCUGAGAAGAAUUCGCGUUUUGAUGCCUGCGUCAACGGGGCAAACGAGAUACCUCCAGACGCUAUCCUCGCUGCUUCUGGUGGUACAGGGUUCCCUUUAUGGGCUAACACGCUUCUUCUCUUGUCUUUCUUAUUCGUUUUUCGAAUUUUGGGCUACAUGGUCUUGCGAUACUUUCGCAGACCAAGAUAAAAAAAAAAUAUGGAUGUUAAAUUCAGUAAUAGCUAGAACAGUUAAAAAAGAGACACUAAUUAAAAAGUGCAAUCACAAUAUUCUAUGUAAUCCUCCCCCACAUUAAGCACGAUAAAAAACAACAAAAAACAUUAAAAAGAAAAACAAAUAAAAAAAAAAA